AUGUAUUUUUCACUUGGAAAAGUCGCUUUGAUCACACUAUUGGCAGGAUUAACCAAUGCUGCACCACAAGGCCAUGCGGAUCACAAAAAGUUGUUGUCCUGGGAUGAAGCAUACAGCAAGGCGGAGGCACUUGUAAGCAAAAUGUCGCUCGAGGACAAGGUUGGCAUGGCAACGGGCGUUGGCUUUGGCGAAUCGAACUGUGUAGGCAAUACCCAUACUAGCAAUUCAACCGAUUUCCCUUCUCUUUGUCUUCAAGAUGGACCCUUGGGUAUUCGAUUAGCUGACAAUGUCACUGCUGGUCCUGCUGGUAUCACAACGGCUUCCACCUUUGAUCGAGAUCUCAUUCUCAAGCGAGCUCAAUACCUUGGAAAGGAGUCCUAUGGCAAGGGUGUCAAUUUUCUGCUUGGACCUUGCCUUGACAUCUACCGUGGUCCAUAUGCUGGUCGAGGCUGGGAAGCAUUUGGUGAAGAUCCUUACUUGCAAGGUGUUGCUGGUGCAUUGACAGUGAAGGGUAUCCAAAGCGAGGGUGUGAUUGCAACUGCCAAGCAUUUCCUCUUGAACAACCAAGAGCUUAAUCGAACAACGUCCUCGUCCAAUAUCGAUGAUCGAACUCUGCGUGAAGUUUACCUUUGGCCUUAUGCUCGCGUUGUGGAAGAAGAUGUAGGCUCGGUGAUGUGCUCAUACAAUCGCAUCAAUCAUACGUAUGCUUGUGAGAAUGAAUACACAAUCGAAACCAUCCUCAAAGGCGAGUUGGGAUUCCAAGGUGCAGUCCAAACUGAUUGGUUUGCUCACAUGGAGACCGUGCAAUCUGCCAAGGCAGGUGUUGAUAUCGCGAUGCCGGGUGACAUUGAGGCAGGAUCUCACACCUCGUAUUGGGGAGCAAACUUGACACAAGCCGUCAAGGAUGGCAAAGUCAGCGAAGACAGGGUAACCAAUAUGGCUACACGUAUUGCUGCAGCAUGGUACAAGAUGGGACAAGAUAAGGAUUUCCCGGAAACUACGCUCCGCAGCUUCAAUCGAGAAGAGGCUUCAACGGUGGUUGUGUCGGAUGAUCAUGCCAAGAUUGUUCGUGAAUUGGGUGCUGCUGCUGUUGUGCUGCUUGAAAAUGAUGACAACAUCUUGCCUUUGAGUGAAGAAAAGCUUUCCAAGAUCGCUCUUAUCGGCAGUGAUGCAGGACCAAGCCCAGACGGCCUCAAUACGUGCGAAUACCAAGGCUGUGAUAAUGGUACAUUGGCAAUGGGCUGGGGUUCUGGUACAGCUGAUUUCCCUUAUCUUGUCACGCCCAAGCAAGGCAUUGAGAAGCAAGCAGGCGACUCCAUCGACAUUACAUACACCUACGAUGACUGGGAUCUUGUCAAGGCUGCCAAUGUCGCAAGUGACGCCGAUGUCGCCAUUGUAUUCUCAAACUCGGAUUCUGGUGAGGAAAUUGCUGUAGUUGACGGCAACGCUGGUGAUCGCAACAACCUCUCUUUGUGGCACAAUGGUGAUGAGCUGAUCAAAGCAGUGGCUGAUGCCAACAAGAACACUGUCGUUGUUAUCCAUGCUGUUGGACCUGUGCUUAUGCCAUGGAUCGAUCAUCCCAAUAUCAAAGCUGUCGUCUGGCCUGGUCUUCCUGGUCAAGAAAGUGGCAACUCCCUUGCUGAUGUGCUCUUCGGUAAGGUGAAUCCCAGUGGAAGACUCCCAUACACCAUUGCGAAGAAGGAAGAAGAUUACAACGUCAAGAUAUCAAAGGAAGCCGAUAUCGAUUACACUGAAAAGCUCGAAGUCGGCUACAAGCAUUUCGAUGCCAACAACAUUGAGCCACUUUACGAAUUUGGCUAUGGUUUGUCAUACACCUCGUUCAAGUACACCGAUCUCAAGGUCAAGACUACCAAGAAGGAGGAUGCAUUGGUCAAGGCUACCAUUACAGUGGACAACGUUGGUGAUGUGGAUGGUGCAGAGGUGGUGCAAGCAUACAUUGGCUUUCCUGAAUCGGCUGGUGAACCCCCCAAGCUCCUACGUGGAUUCGAAAAGGUGUUUAUCAAGAAGGGCAAAAAGAGCAAGGUCUCAUUCACUUUUGGUAAGACCGAGUUGAGCAUUUGGGAUCAAGAGUGGACUGUGCCAUCGGGCGAGUAUAAGCUCUACAUUGGUGCAAGCAGCCGUGAUAUUCGUCAAACCGCCACCUUCUCGUUGUAA